CCAACCUCGAGCUCAGCACUCACACACACACUCACACGCAACGCGUUUGUUCAAUCGAUCGGCCGUCACCGCGAGCGCACGAUGGCGAGCGCUCGUCGCAGCCGCGGCGUGGCGGCGGUGGGGAUCGCGGUGUUUGUGGCUGUCGUGGUGGUGGCGGCGGGCGCCGGGGGCGCGGCGGCGGUGUCGUGCGGCGACGCGGUGAGCGCGCUGGCGCCGUGCGGGCCGUUCCUGCUGGGCGGCGCGGCGCGGCCGGGCGAUCGGUGCUGCGGCGGCGCGAGGGCGCUGCGCGGGAUGGCGGGCACGGCGGAGGCGCGGCGCGCGCUGUGCAGGUGCCUGGAGCAGUCCGGGCCGUCGUUCGGCGUGCUCCCCGACCGCGCGCGGCGCCUCCCGGCGCUCUGCAAGCUCGGACUCGCCAUCCCCGUCGGCGCCGCCACCGACUGCAGCAAGAUAUCCUAAGUGGCAGCGGCGGCGACGACGACGCCGCUACAUGGCGUGAGUUCGUCGCGAUCGGUGCAUGAUCGAACAUGCAUGGUGUUGACGCGGGAGAAGAGUGAUUUGGCUUUUGCGCAUGGUGUAAUCUGAUCUGAUCUAAUCCGUGCAUGAAUAAGUACUAGACAUGCUUGUAAUAACUCAUGAGCUAAAUAUCACUCAGAUGAGAUCUCAGAUUUGAGAUUUUCUUAGCCAC